AUGCCGAAAGCUUCAGAAGUCCUAUACUACCUGCUUCACGUCCAGGAAUUGCGCGCGAUAAUUCAAUGGAAAGUCUGGCACAACGCUGUCCAUGAGCGCAACGAGAGCAAGGAGUCGGAGACGACCAAAGAAUGCUUCAAAUAUCUGGAUCUGACCAGCCGAAGUUUCUCGGCCGUCAUUCAAGAACUUCACCCUGAAUUGCUCAUUCCUGUCACUCUUUUCUAUCUGGCCUUACGGGGUCUAGACACAAUCGAAGAUGAUACCUCGAUCCCUGCAAAGACCAAAGAACCCUUACUCCGAAAGUUCCACGAGAUUCUCACGGUUGAGGGCUGGCACUUUGAUGGAAACAGACCAGAAGAAAAGGACCGUGAACUAUUGGUCAACUUUGGAUGUGUCACGGCAGAGUUCAACAAGAUCAAGCCUGAAUAUCAGGAGAUCAUAAGGGACAUCGCUGAAAAGAUGGGAAAUGGCAUGGCAGACUAUUGUCUGAACGCCGAAUUCAAUGAGAAUGGCGUGGACAAAGUAGAAGAUUACGAUCUCUACUGCUACUAUGUCGCCGGCCUGGUUGGAGAAGGGCUGACCAGAAUGUUUGUCGAAAGCAAGUACGGCAACCCUGCCCUGCUUGAUCGAAGCAAUUUACAUCGGUCCAUGGGAUUGUUUUUGCAAAAAGUCAAUAUCAUCCGAGACGUCAGAGAAGAUUUUGAUGAUGCACGGAAGUUCUGGCCCAAAGAGAUUUGGUCCAAGCAUGUUGACAAGUUUGAGGAUCUUUUCAAGCCAGAGUACAAGCAACAGGCACUCAACUGCAACUCUGAAAUGAUCUUGAACGCUCUCGACCAUGCGGACGAAUGUUUGUUCUACCUCGCAGGCCUGCGCGAGCAGAGUGUGUUCAACUUCUGCGCAAUCCCUCAGACCAUGGCAAUUGCCACGCUAGAUCUAUGUUUCCGAAAUUACGCCAUGUUCCAGCGAAACAUCAAGAUUACCAAAGGGCAGGCGUGUGAGAUCAUGAUUCAGUCAACACAGAACCUCAAGCUGGUGACCGAGGUAUUCACCAAACACAUACGAUCGAUCCGAAAGAAGAAUCGACCAGAGGACCCCAAUUAUCUGAAGAUCAGCAUCGCAUGUGGAAAGGUGGAGCAAUUUAUCGAGUCUAUCUUCCCCUCGCAGAGUGCGGAGGCUGCGGCUGCUGCCAAUGGCGGUGCAGACGGAACGGCACCGCGUGUCGCUGUUAGGGAAAAGACGGCGGAGCAGGUGGCAUCGGAGAGAAAGGAGAUGUACAUGUUAAUGGCGGUGGUGGUCGGGUUUCUGCUGGUGGUGGCUGGCAGUAUGGUUGGUGUUGCGUGGGCGAUGGGUGCACGUUUCGAUCUUGCUCUGGUUGAAGUGAAGAAGACGUGGGAUCAAUUGUUUGCCGCUGGAAAUGCCACUAUCGAUAUCGGCGACUUGGAUUCGGAUAUCACCAAACAUGGGGAAUUGUAA